AUGGUUCUUUGGCAUUCACUUGAUCCCAAGAAACGGAAUCGGUAUGAUUGCCAAGCCCUUGGCAUCCUUCAAAAGCGAUCCUUGAGAGCCCUCAAGCACUGCAUUGGACUGCCUGAAUCUGAUUCGGACCCUCUUCAAGGUUUUCGUGCUUUCUUUCUUGACAAAUUCCCAAGUUUUGUAGUUCAUGGUCUGAAUUUUAACGAAUCCAUCCCACGGAUCAAGAGCCAAUGGGACAUUCUCGAUAAGACCUUGCGGCACAUCUACAAAGCUCGCGAAGAGCGGUUGAUUUAUGCCGACUUAACUGACGACAUUCGACACAUUUGGGAACGAUCCCAGAAACGACUAGAGCGCUUGCAGCAAUUUGAGGCCUCUUCUGGUCAAGACUUGUUCGAAAAUCUGGAGCUGUCGGGUGAAAAUUGGACUAAUAUAGACGCCAAAGAGCAGCAUCGUUACAACGAGAGAGUGAAAGAGUACAAGAGAGGCUUCUUGAAGAAAGUCCCACAUCACAAUCAAUGCCCCCAGUGCGACCACGUUUAUGCACAUUUUGACGAUUUGGCUUUACAUCAUCGAUCCAAACACGUGUUCUAUUGCAGGGUGUGUCUAUUGACCUUUAAAUCCUAUAAGGCUUGUCACAGCCACACCCUGCAUAAUCAUUUUUAUGAGAAGCUCCCUAAAUGUGAUUUAUGCAGUUUUAGAGGUCGACACCCCACGAUGGUUUUAAGCCACAUUGUUCGAGAGCACCAUCACGAUUUAGGCCUUUCAAAUCAGGAGCCGCUAGUGAGCAAGUACUUACGAAGACAAGAAACCUUUCUCGACAAUUUGAAGACUGAGGCACCAAAAACGCCGCAAGUACAGGAUUUUUCAUGCCAAGACUGUUCGACCCGUUUCGAAAACGGAUCCCAAUUGAAAUAUCACCGUACUAAAAUGCAUUCAGUGCCCAAACCGAGUUCGAUCUGCCGCUUUUGUGACAAAUCCUUCUACACGGCGUCUAAUCUUCGAAGACAUAUCCGAAAACUCCAUUCCACCGACACUUCCAAAUCGGUGAUACCACGUGUUCCGUGCUCACUUUGCCAAGAAACGUUUGUGGAUAAUUAUCGGUUGAAAAUACAUAUGAGGAAACACACUGGUGAAUUACCCUUCACGUGUGGCAAGUGCACUUUCGGGUUCAAAACCAAUUCGGAUUUGAAGGUCCAUGGGAAAACGUGUCUGGGAGUUCGCUUCACUUGUGCCAAAUGUCGGCGCGUGUUCCACUUUAAGAAGCAAUUGCGGGAACACGAAUUGUGGUCGGAGAAGUGCGGGACCAUGCGAAAUCACAUCCAUGUUUUGGGCGACCAUUCCCUUGGAGGCUCGGAAAGUCAGCCGUCUCGAUAUAUGAAGGAGAAACCGAGGAUUGUUCGUUUGAACUUUUCCAAGAAUCAAUCCGUAGUGGGCGUCAAUUGCGAGAAUCUUCACGAUCAAUCCGUGUUCACUAAGCGAAAGCGGAAGGUGCCUUGCGGAAUAUGCGAGCGGUGUGAACGUGACGUCAAUUGCGGCCAAUGCGGGUCUUGCCAAGCCCAAGCGACUACAAAUGUGUGUGAAGAGCGGAAAUGUCUGAGCUUCAUCGAGCAAUUCGACGUGGUCAAGGCCAAGCAGAAACAGGUGGCCAAGGACCUGGGCCUGAAUUUGUACGAGAACUGCCCGGACAUAGGGGCGGAUUUAAGUCUUAUGAAUGGAGACGAGGAAAAAAUUCAAUUGGACGUAGAUGACCCGUUGCCCAAGGAAUUCGUCUUGGAUGAAGACGAGCUACUUGAAGGGCCGGACUUUACGUUGGAUGGAAUAUUGGCCGGAGAUAAUGCGUCUGCCAUGCAUCAUCAACCUCAAAAUGUCGUGUUUUACAACCCCGAUCACGUCAAGGAGAGAAUUCUAGUGAUUAACGAAGAGAUCAUCGAAAACGAUAUCUAA